AUGUUUGCAACUGAUGACAUGAAAUUUACAGAAGAUAUUUUAUCAACCGAAACAAUAACACCGGUAACAGAGAUGAUUCUACCUGGAAAAAUAGUUUCAAAUGAAAUCGGAAGUUAUACAGAUGGCUCGGUGCAUCAUGAAGAGAAUGUUGUAAAUGAAGAUCUUAUGCCACAUCUCAGAGAUGCAAUCAGCAGUAAUAAAAUUUCAUUUGAGGAUACGGUUCGAGCUAUUAUUCAGAAUGAAGCUUUCGAUUCGACAGGAGAGAAUUUGUUAUUAGUUGAUCAGACAACAGGAUAUGAUCAACUAAUAGCAGAGAAAGAAAUGGAAUAUGUUACAUACGUUGCAGACAUAGCUGAGAAGGAAGCUGAUGUUCAGAGAGUUACUAUGAGUGAAGAACCUGAA